UACCUCUCCGCUGCCUGUCCUCACAGAACACAGCCCUGUCUGUCACCCACCCCAUCAUCCUAAAAAGAAAAAAAGGAAAAAAAAAGUCACACACCCCAUCGAGAUGGCGGACAGGGAGGCCCCACCUGGGUCCGGAAUCGGGGCGAAGCGGAGAUGCAGGGACGCCGUCGCCGCGGCGGGCCUACCCGACCCGGCCGCAGCCGCUGGCGGCGGCAACAGGCUCCUGGCCGGGUACCUCGCGCACGAAUUCCUUGCGCGUGGCACGGUCCUGGGUGAAAGGCGCGCGCCCGGCGGGCAAGACACGGGCUCGGAGGCGAGUCAGGGCCGGGGGCAGGCCGCGCGGUACGAGGCCGUGGCAGCGCUGGUGCAGGUCGGCGGCGCCUACGUUCCCGGGGUGGUGAACCCCGCGCAGCUCGCCGCGUGGGCGACGACACGGUGAGGAGGCCGCGGGGAAGGCGCACAUGUGUGUAAGUGUAGCUAAGUCCCUGCUGAUCAUCCACCCGCAAAAAAAAAAAAGUCCCUGCUGAUCAUCCGGAGUCCCAUUAGUUGGAGCAUAUGCUGACGAUGUAGGUUGGAUGAGCUUGAGAUCUGUACAGCUAUGUUCUCAAUGAUACCAUACGGUAGUAAUACAUAUGGUAGUAAUAUUGCCUUGC